GCUUCAGAUGAAACAAGAUGGCGCAUUCUACUGAAACGUAAACUAGAAAAAUUAGAGAUUGAGUAAUUACUGCGAUGUCACUCCUAAAAGACACAGAUGACUUACCUAUCAAACUAAACUUGGAUGAACUAAAAGAGGAACUGUUAAAAAAUGGGCUGGUACUAUGUCCUGUUAAAGGCUGUGAUCAAGACUUCAAGUCUCUCUGGGGCCUCAAAUACCAUGUUAGACGAGCCAACCACCAAGAGGUCUCAUCAGAGAGGAAGUUUAAGUGUGAGCAGUGUAAUCAAACGUUUCAGUCUCGAAUUGCUUUACGUGAACACAGAACAUUGGAUCAUUCAGGGAGUGAGAGUAGAAGUCCACUAGCAAGUCCAGGAAUUUUCAAUGAAAUGGAGGGAAAUGCUGCUUCAUCAAAUGGAACCGUAAAGAGGAAACGUGGUAGACCAAAGAAAAAUACAGAUACAUCAGCCAAGAACAAUAACAGUGUAACUUUUGAUUUGACGGAGAUGAACAAGGAUGCCAGUGAAACAUUAUCUCCAUCAGUUGAAUUACCCAAGAAAGGAGAAAAUUCUGAUGGCACUGGAAGAAGAACUUCUACAAGAGUACGGACUCCUCGAAAAAACACUUUUGUUUAUGAGGAGGAAGAUACAACUAAAAAUAAAAGGGGGAACAAACGAAGGAAAGAGGACAGUGAAGCUGGUGUUUCAGAUAAUACCCCUAAAAAGAGAGGAAGAAAACCAAAAAGUUCAUUAGUGGAAAGUCGUAAUGUUAUUGAGGGACCUUGUAAAAAACAUGGAAGGAAGCGCAAAGGUGACACUGCCAGUUAUGAAUCUGAUGUUGUUAAUGUUGGCAAUGAAAAAGUGAGAGGAAUUGGUAAUGAUAAAGUGGACAGAGGUACCAAUAUUGUUGGUGAUGGAGAGGAUAAUGUUCAUGAAGGUGAUGUUGCCAAUGAAGUUGACAUUGUAAUUGAGGAUGGUGACGGUAUUGAUGAUGAGAAUGAUGAUGGUGAUGAUGAUGACAGUGCUGGCCAGGAAAGUGAUGAUGAUGAUGAUGAUGCUGAGGAUAGAGAUAAUGAUGAUGAUGAUGAUUUUGAAAAUGAUGAAGAAAGUACUAAGAAAAAAGCUAAAGACACCAAAAAAGCAGGUAUAGUGAAUUUAUGA